AUGACUGAUGAAUUCAAUCGAUAUUAUAUCAAAAUUCGAGCUAUUUUGGGAAUAGAUUCAAAAACAAUCUUUGACGAACUUACAGAGGCAUUGGGACCUGAUGCUCCAUUAUAUCCAACAGUCAGAAGAUGGGCGAAACGUUUUCGUGAAGGAAGAGACGAUGUCACUGAUGAUCCUCGAUCUGGUCGUCCGAUUUCGGUACUUACAGAUGAAAAUGUUGAACGCGUUCGACAAGUUAUCGAAGAUGAUCCACACUCAACUUAUGAUGAUAUUAUGGGUGAGACUGAUCUAUCACGUGGUACAAUAGAACGAAUUAUUCAUGAUCGUCUAAAGAUGAGAAAAGUUACAUCACGUUGGGUUGCUCAUCAACUUACUGACGAACAAAAACAAAAACGACUUAGAAUUUGUCGUCAAAAUUUAGAGAAAUUUAGAAAUGGAACAUGGCAUUUAUGUGAUGUUAUUACUGGUGAUGAGACAUGGAUUUAUCACAGGCAGAUUGGUCGAAAGUCAAGCAAUGCUACUUGGGUUGGCGAAAAUGAACUACCAAGAACCAUUGUUCGUCGGAAUAGAUUUGAACCUAGAACACUAUUGUGCUUCUUCUUCAAAUCCACUGGUUCUCUUCUCAUACACAAAGUAGAUAAGGGCAAGACAAUCGAUCAUGACUACUAUAUUGAUAAUUGUCUUAUACCUGUUAUCAAUGAAAUAAGAAAAAAGGAAAAGUCAUCACGUACUACAUAUAAAAUGCUUCAUGAUAAUGGUCCUCCUCAUACUCAUCCAGAUGUUAUUGAUUAUUUAAUGGAGGAAGGAAUCGAAAUCAUUCCACAUCCACCAUAUUCACCAGAUCUCGCACCGUUAAGUACUGCAUCUGAGUUACGUGAAAUUGUAAAUUCGUUUCGGAAAGUAGCUCAGGCUAAGCUGAAGGAAGUUGGUGUAGGACAUCGUAAAACGUUUGGCAUUCUACGAUCUCUUGCCAAAAAUAAAUCAAUUAUUAUUACUCGACCUGGUAAGGAACGCGGCGUGGUCAUCAUGGAUCGAGCAGAUUAUGUACAAAGAAUGAAUGCAAUACUUGAUGAUCGUUCUGCUUUCACCUUAAUUAAUUCUGAUCCAACGUUAGAGAACGAAAAUGAAUUAAGAACACUUAUGCUUCUAUUAAAAAAAGAAGGUUUUAUAAGUGAUAACGAAUACAAUUUAGCAUGCCCUACUGGUUCGAGACCAGCUCGAAUUUACGGUCUUCCUAAGUUACACAAAAAGAAAGAAAACUAUCCUCUUCGACCUGUUAUGCCAGCUACAAAUACGGUAACCUAUGUAUUAGGCAAAAUGUUAACUAAUCGUUUGAAUCAACUUGAAGCCAGUCCGUAUACGGUUAAAGACUCACUUGAUUUUGUUAAAAAGAUCAGAGCAUCAGAACUUGUGGCUAAAACAAUGGUCUCUUUCUAUAUUAAGAGUCUCUUUACUAAUUUUCCACUUACAUAUACUAUAGACUUAAUUCUUGACAAAAUGUAUCCUACAUGUCCUUCGGUAUGUCAAUAUAAACAAAGGAGUCGUCUUUGUGUCGAAUGUCAAUAA